CCCAAAGGGGAGCGAAAUGCUCCGGUCUUCUCUGCAAGGGGAGGCAGGCUUGGUGGGCAGGGUUUGCGCGAAGGCUGCUGGCUUAUAAGCAGCGAGCAGCGAAGGCAAAGCUGUCUCAGAAGGCACCAAACGGGGCCCCCCUGCUCCGUGCACCUCUCCUGCCGCGAUGCUCCCGGCACUGGGGCUGCUGCUGGGGCUGAGCCUGGUGGGUGCCCUUCUGCCUAACCAUGAACCCCCCAACCAUGAAAGCAACGAGGAAGGAGCCGUCCUCUUUGCCAUGGACCACAACACAACGGCAGAGGAAGUCUUCUUUGAGAGCGUCUCGGCCAGCUGGAAUUACUACACCAACCUGACAGAUGAAAACGCGGCUCUGCAGGUGAAGGCAUCGCUGGAGGAGCAAAACUUCACGGAGGCGUGGGGGAAGAAAGCCAAGGAGCUCUAUGGCAGCAUCUGGAGCAACUUCAGUGACCCACAGCUCAGAAAGAUCAUCGGCUCCAUCCAGACCCUGGGACCCUCCAACUUGCCCCUGGAGGAGAGAGAAAAGUACAACACCCUCCUGAGCGACAUGGACAAAAUCUACUCCACGGCCAAGGUGUGCCUGGACAACGGCACCUGCUGGGAGCUGGAGCCAGACAUCUCGGACAUCAUGGCAACAUCUCGCAGCUACAAGAAGCUGCUCUACGCUUGGGAGGGGUGGCACAACGCCGCAGGCAACCCGCUGCGUGCCAAGUAUGAGCAGUUCGUCAGUCUGAGCAACGAGGCCUAUAAGAAGGAUGGAUUCGAGGACACGGGCAGCUACUGGCGCUCCUGGUAUGACUCAGCCACCUUCGAGGAUGACUUGGAAGCUCUCUACAAACAGCUGGAGCCACUCUACCUCAGCCUGCAUGCCUUUGUCCGGAGGAAGCUGUACGACCGCUAUGGCCCCAAAUACAUCAACCUGAAGGGUCCCAUCCCUGCUCACCUCCUGGGCAACAUGUGGGCUCAGCAGUGGAACAACAUCUAUGAUCUGAUGGUCCCCUACCCUGAGAAGCCCAAUCUCGAUGUCACAAGCACCAUGGUGCAGGAGGGCUGGAAUGCCACCCGCAUGUUCCGGGUCUCAGAAGAGUUCUUCACGUCCUUGGGGCUGCUGGAGAUGCCCCUUGAGUUUUGGAAGCAUUCCAUGCUGGAGAAGCCAACUGAUGGACGGGAGGUGGUGUGUCACGCCUCAGCCUGGGACUUCUACAAUCGCAAGGACUUCAGGAUCAAGCAGUGCACAACGGUGACCAUGGAGCAGCUGUUCACAGUGCACCAUGAGAUGGGUCACGUCCAGUACUACCUGCAGUACAAGGACCAGCCUGUCACCUUCCGCAGUGGGGCCAACCCUGGCUUCCACGAGGCCAUCGGUGAUGUCAUGUCCCUGUCUGUCUCCACCCCCAGCCACCUCCAGAAAAUCGGGCUGCUCAGCAGUGCCACCGAGGAUGAAGAAAGCAACAUCAACUAUCUGCUGAAGAUGGCCUUGGAGAAGAUCGCCUUCCUACCCUUCGGCUACCUCAUCGACCAAUGGCGCUGGAACGUGUUCAGUGGCCGCACGCCCACGAACCGUUACAACUACGACUGGUGGUAUCUGAGAACCAAAUACCAGGGUAUCUGUGCUCCGGUUUCAAGGAAUGAAAGCAACUUUGACCCUGGAGCAAAGUACCACAUCCCUGGGAACACCCCUUACAUCAGGUACUUUGUGAGCUUCAUCCUCCAGUUCCAGUUUCACAAGGCGCUGUGCCAGGCGGCCGGCCACAGCGGUCCCCUGCACACCUGUGACAUCUACAUGUCCAAAGAGGCUGGAGACAAACUCAGGGAAGUGUUGAAAGCUGGGUCUUCCAAGUCAUGGCAGGAAAUCCUGUUCAACCUCACUGGCACGGAUAAGAUGGAUGCUGGACCCCUCCUGGAGUACUUCAGCCCUGUCUUCACGUGGCUUCAGGAGCAGAACAAUAAAACCAAUGAGGUGCUGGGCUGGCCUGAGUUUGACUGGCGUCCUCCUAUCCCUGAAGGCUAUCCUGAAGGCAUUGAUAAAAUAGCAGAUGAAGCACAAGCUAAAGAGUUCUUAUCCGAGUACAACAGUACGGCCGAGGCAGUGUGGAACGCCUACACCGAGGCAUCCUGGGCCUACAACACCAACAUCACUGACCACAACAAGCAGAUCAUGCUGGAUAAGAACUUGGCCAUGUCCAAGCACACCCUUGACUACGGCAUGAGGGCCAGGCAGUUCGACUACUCCGACUUCCAGGAUGAAAGUGUCAAACGCAUCCUCAAGAAGCUGAGCGUCAUUGAGAGAGCAGCCCUGCCUGAGGAUGAGCUGAUGGAGUACAACACCCUCCUCUCAGACAUGGAGACCACAUACAGCGUAGCCAAGGUCUGCAGAGAGAACCAGAUCUGUCACCCCUUGGAGCCUGACCUCACAGAUAUCAUGGCCAGCUCACGGGAUUAUGAUGAGCUCCUCUUUGCCUGGAAGGGCUGGCGGGAUGCUUCUGGGAAGAAUAUCAAGAACAACUACAAGCGAUACGUGGAACUGAGCAACAAGGCAGCUGUCCUCAACGGAUACACAGACAACGGGGCCUACUGGAGAUCCCUGUAUGAGACACCCACCUUUGAGGAAGAUCUGGAGAGGCUGUACCAGCAGCUGCAGCCCCUGUACCUCAACCUGCAUGCCUACGUACGCCGAGCCCUAUAUAAAAAGUAUGGUGCAGAGCACAUAAACCUGAAGGGUCCCAUCCCUGCUCAUCUGCUAGGCAACAUGUGGGCCCAGUCAUGGUCCAACAUUUUCGACCUGGUGAUACCUUUUCCGGAUGCCACCAAGGUGGAUGCUACCCCAGCUAUGAAACAACAGGGCUGGACACCCAAGAGGAUGUUUGAAGAGUCGAACAAUUUCUUUACCUCUCUGGGCCUCACCCCAAUGCCACAGGAGUUCUGGGACAAGUCCAUGAUUGAGAAGCCAGCAGAUGGGCGAGAGGUGGUUUGUCACGCCUCAGCCUGGGACUUCUACAACCGCAAGGACUUCAGGAUCAAACAGUGCACCGUGGUGAACAUGGACGACCUAAUCACUGUGCACCAUGAGAUGGGCCAUGUCCAGUACUUCCUGCAGUACAUGGACCAGCCCAUCUCGUUCCGCGACGGAGCCAACCCUGGCUUCCACGAGGCUGUUGGGGAUGUCAUGGCCUUGUCUGUCUCCACCCCCAAACACCUGCAUAGCAUCAAACUGCUUGACCAAGUCACAGAGAACAAAGAAAGUGACAUUAACUACCUGAUGAGCAUCGCCCUGGACAAAAUCGCCUUCCUGCCCUUCGGAUACCUCAUGGACCAGUGGCGCUGGAAGGUGUUUGAUGGGCGGAUCAAGGAGGAUGAGUACAACCAGCAAUGGUGGAAUCUCAGGCUGAAGUACCAGGGCUUGUGCCCACCAGCACCAAGGUCUGAAGAUGACUUUGACCCCGGGGCAAAGUUUCACAUCCCUGCCAAUGUUCCCUACAUAAGGUACUUUGUCAGCUUUGUGAUCCAGUUCCAGUUCCACAAGGCGCUCUGCGAUGUAGCAAAGCACACGGGUCCCCUGCACACGUGUGACAUCUACGGGUCCAAAGAAGCUGGGGAGAUCUUGGGGAAUGCCCUGAAGAUGGGUUUCAGCAAGCCGUGGCCCGAAGCCAUGGAGCUCAUCACAGGGCAACCCAACAUGUCAGCUGAUGCCUUGUUGAAUUACUUUGAGCCUCUCAUGACAUGGCUGGUGGAGGAGAAUAAGAAGAACGGGGAGGUCCUGGGCUGGCCCGAGUACAGCUGGACUCCUUACAUAGCCACUUCAGACCAAGCAGACUCCAGUCAAGCCAAUUUCCUGGGCAUGUCCUUGGACAACAGUCAAGCCACAGCAGGCGGCUGGAUCCUCCUUGCCCUGGCACUCAUUUUCCUGAUCACCACCAUCUUCUUUGGUGUCAAGUUCUUCUCAGUCAGGAGAAAGGCCUUCAUAUCCAACUCAGAAAUGGAACUGAAAUGAGGCAGCCAUCAGCCGGGGAGCACGGACUGGGUGCAAGCAUGGGUGUUUGGGCAGGCUGGCAGCAAUGCCAUGGGCACAUUUGCCAAUGAAGCCAUGGGUUCCCACAGCCCAGGACUCCUCUCUCCAAUCAGGUCAGACAUUUUUUACCCACUAUGCAAGAGCCAAAGCAGAAAAGAGCUAUUUAUUUGUCGACGUCUGCAUCAGGAGAAGAGAAAUUCAGGCACCGGCAGGCAUGGAGCUGUCACGGUCUGCCCCUGCGCCCAGGGCUGGGAGCGAGUCCAGCCUGGGCAUCCACCAGCCAUCUCUGACCUGUGGGACUUCAAGUGACAGAGGGCAUUUUGGGGAGGGACAGAGCACGUUCCCCCCUCCUGGUUUGCCCACUGCUGGGCUCUUCACUUGCAUGGAUGAAAAAUAAACCCAUGUCUUGUCACCCCUCAGAGAAGCAGCUCAGCUCCUUCUUGUAGGCUCAGAUCUAAACGGGACAAGGCUCUCCAGCAGCAGAGCUGCCACCCCAAGAGAGGGCUCCGAGGAGAUCUUAUAGCGGCUUUCCCAUACCUGAAAGGAGCCUACUAGGAAGCUGGAGAGGGACUAUUCAUUGUAGUGACAGGACGAGGGGGAACGGGUGUAAAUUGGAGAGGGGCACCUUUAGGCUUGAUAUAAGGAAGAAUUUCUUCACCAUGAGAGUGGUGAAGCACUGGCCCAGGUUGCCCAGGGAAGCUGUGGCUGCCCCAUCCCUGGAACAGUUCAAAGCCAGAUUGGAUAGGGUGUUGGGCAGCCUGAGCCAGUGGGAGGUGUCCCUGCCCAUGGUGGGGUGUUGGAAUGGGAUGAUCUUUAAGAUCCCUUCCAACCCAAACUAUUCUAUGAUUUUAUGCCACUACAAACCCCUGGGGACCAGCCUGGCUUUGGGACAACACAUCUAACAGCACCCAGCCUUCCUCAUCCCCAUCGCAAAAACUCCGCAUCCCCAUCCUGCCUUAAACCCUGGCUCUCAUCGCAGCUGACAGCUCGUGGGUUCACCAUGGAGCAUGUGCUUAAGGAAAGGGUUGAAUCAGGGCCAGAUAUCCCCAAAGUCCACGCCUGAACUGUACGAGGGUUCGGGGGUCACCAAACCCGAGCUGGGACAGGGCUGGAGCUCACAGCUGCUGUGGUUCCAGCACAAGAAUGACAUGCAUUUACAUAAGAGCUUGGGGGGGGCUCGAGGUCAGCGAUCACCUCCCGCUCUCCAGCUCCUGAUUAUCUUGGGAUCAGCCGUACUUGAGGCUUCCCCCUGGCCCCGUCUUUCUUCUGCUUCUGUAAAUAAAACUUCAUAUUUGUUCUGCAGUGAUUAGGUGCAAAACUAAUCCCAGGCUGGGGAUUAUUACAGCCCUAAAGAGCUGCGAUCUGCUGCGGCUCACAGCAGCUGGGGAAAUGAGGAGAUCUGGGAUGAUCUCCCCCUUCCCCCUCCAUCUGAUGGCCUCUGCCCUUGGUUAUGUCCCACAUGGGGAAACUGAGGCCAGGGACGGGCUCACUGCAACCGGGAGAGGAGCAGAAGGCAGAUGUCCACCCACUCAUGCUUGGCUUUUUGUUUGCUUUCAAUCCUCCUCCGAACACUGCACUCCCACGGGGAGGUAAAACUCCCAACUGCUCAUGUUUCUGCCGUGAUACUCAGCCCCGGGGAGCAGCCACCCCAGACGCCUGCGUUCACCCCAUGUUUGUAUCCAGAUGCAUCUGCUUUCUAUCCCGGCACACCGGGCACCCUCCUCUCCCCCCUUCCCAGCACACAAUGCUCACAGAGCAGAGACCUGGCACGGCGAGAGCUGGGUUUGAAGCCAAAUGUAUUUUCAGCCUGGGAAAGGAGACUGGUGCAGGUGUGCUCCAUCCAGCUCAGCUCCUCACUGGUAAUUUUGAGCCUUCAGACUCCUUUCUGCCCCAUUAGUGGAGGAAAAGACAUCUCCAAGAUCAUCAAGAUCCUACAAGUUUCAUAAAACUUGCUUUCUGGAGAAAUAAAGAGCCACUGAACGCUCUCAUGACUGAAACGUAAGCUCAGACCCAAUUAGACAUCAGAGAAUCCACACAGGAGCUGAUUCCAUCCUGGAAAGUGGGAAGGACACUGGACAGAGCUACAAGACUGGGUGAUGAGUGCGCUGAGCUGUGGCCUCGUGGUCAGUGAUAGACAACACAAGCCCUCAUUCCACCCAGAUCUGGACACCAGGUUACCUUCAAGACAGGUCCAAGGUUCCACCCAGGAGAUGGGGGUGGGUACCAGGUUGUGCCCAGCCCAGCUCAAAGACCCCCCUGGAGCUUAAAUGGAACUGCUGGGCCAUGGGUGAAGGUGAAGCUUUUCAGGCUUGCUUUUCUGCCAAGCUAGCAGCAAUGUUUUACAAGAUACUUUUAAACCGAGGAUGAUUUCCCUUCCCCAUUGCGAGAACAUCUGGAGAGAUUUUGCUGCCUUCUGGCUCCUGCAUCAUGCUUUCUGCCAAAAUUAGGAGGCUUAGCAAAAUUACUCCCUAAGGAGGUAAAAAAAAAAAAUUAUAUAUAUUUUUUUUUUAAAAAAAAGGGAUAAAGCAGGAAAAAAAGAGAUUCCCCCUCAAUUCAUGUAACUCCUUGACAGGGAAGCAGGAGGUGCUCCACACUUGUGGUGUUGCCCUGCACCUCUCUGCCUGUGCAUAAGGCUCCUGGUGAGGAGAUUUGUUUUAAAAAUCACACGAAUUCAAAGCAAGAAGCAGCGUAGGUUCUCUCCACCGGCUUGGGCAACGCUUUGGUUUCAGAGAAACCCAUUUUCCAUGGUGUUGGUGGGGGCCCAGCCAAGCCAGGUCUAUUCUUAGCCGUCGGGUGGCCGGGCAGGAGCAGGCAGGGUGCACGGGGCCGCGUUCCUCACAUUCCCCUUCCCCGAGGACAAGGAGAGCCUGGAAAUACGCAGCCACAGCUUGGCAGCAGCCAGGGGCCAUCAGCAAGAGCCACCCUGGGUGGGGGAGAUGGGAAGCGGCAGAGUGGGGGGAUGCCGGGGGACAAAGGAAAGUGGCCCAGGGAUGGGGUGAGCCAUGGUAGGGAGCGGGGAGUCCGCAGCACUGCCAGCUCCAUGGCCAUCGCUUCAGCCCCAGCGAGCCUUGGCACCACCAUCCUUCCCUUCCUCCUGCUUGAGCAGAGCUGAGGCAGGUAAAGGUGGAUUUAGGGGUGAAGGGCAAGUGGGGAGAUCCCAAAGCCCCUCCUCAAGCGAGUUCAGACUACUCCCAUCCCCAUGGCUUAGGCAGAGCUCCCUGUUAAAUGGGACAGAGGACACAGCCCAAAGACCUCCAGCCUCCCACCGUCCCCUCCAUCAAGCAUGGAGGAGGGACAGUGCCCCCCACACUGCGCACCCAUCUCCAUCCCACCCUCUCCAGGGGAUGCACGCCGGGGUGCGAGCUGGGCUGAC